GGCGGAUCAUCCGUUUCUUGGCGAACGAAGACUACGAUGAGCCUCGUAACGCAGUACAAGAAAGUGCCAAAGAAUCAGCCGGCAAGAAAACCGGAGCCCUUCAUGCUUUCAGAAGAGCAGCUGCUGGUAGCGCACGAGUUUGAGAGCAUGAGGCGCACGAUUCUGAAUUUACAGCGCACUUUGGACGCUGCAACAGUCACUACGCUUGAAAGCGUUCAGCGCAAGACCUCUAUCUCAAUCCGAGCUUCCAAGGCUUCAGCGAAUUCCAGACGCUCUAUGACCAUGCCCCAGCGAGCCGCUAGCACUAUCGACUUGGCAAUCGAGCAAAAGAGCUACGCCAUCAUGGACACGCUGUUGCAGUUCUCGCAGGUCGUCGAGAAGCUGCAGGAGGCGCCAGUCAACUUCGAGGCGUUCGACGGCAUCGAGGACGACUUGCACACCAAUAUUUUCCCCAACGGCAUUUCUCCCCGUCCGACGUCCGAUGAACAAGAGCUCGACACGUUCCGCGAAAUGGAAUAA